UAAGAGAGAAGUACAUAUAUAUAUAAAUCUGCACGGUAUAUAACAAGCCCACAUCUCAAAGCUCCGAUCGAGCAGCAAAAAUGGAAGAUUUGAUGAUCAAGAAAGAUAAAUUGGAGUCAACGAAAUCGGAGAUGGAGGGGAUAAGGGAAGAGAAUCUGAGGCUGAAGACUUUACUGAUGCAAAUCGAAAACGAUUACAAGGCUCUUCAAAGGAAAUUCGACGAUACUUUCGGACAGUCUCCCGGAUCCGGAUCCGGCAGCCAUAGCCAGAUCACGUGCAGUCUAGAAAACCCUGGAAAUGAUCAAGAACAAGAACUAGUGUCUCUUCGCCUUGGGUCGUCGUCCUCGUCUGCACCAAAUCCAGACAACAAAUACAAUAAGCUUGACCUAGGCCUGGGCCUGGAUGAUCGUAAGCAAGAAGUAGAUGAUCAGACAAGAAUACAGAAGACACGUCACAGAAAUGGAGAUGAAGAGUUUUAUCAAACAGGCGUGAAGAAAGCUAGGGUUUGUGUAAGAGCAAGAUGCGACACCCCAACAAUGAACGAUGGCUGCCAAUGGAGAAAAUAUGGGCAAAAAAUUUCAAAGGGGAAUCCAUGCCCACGAGCAUACUAUCGUUGUACGGCGUCGCCGUCGUGCCCUGUCAGAAAACAGGUGCAGCGAUGCGUGGACGAUAUGUCGAUACUGAUCACGACCUACGAGGGUACCCACAACCACCCGCUUCCGCCGGCGGCGGCGGCGAUGGCUUCCACGACAUCGUCGGCGGCGUCCAUGCUAAUGUCGGGGUCCUCAAUUUCUCCGACGACGACUUUAAUUAAUAAUCCCUGGAACAAAUUCCAGGCAUGGCCGCCUAACUGCCACGUGUCGAGCUAUCCAUCAUCGUCUUCGUUUCCCACUGUAACUGUGGAUCUCACCGCCAAUAAUGUUUCUUCAUCCCCAAACAGCCUUUAUUAUUACUCGUCUCCUCCGGGAAGAAGUUUGAGCUUUUCUUCAAUGGGAACAACAGGAGGGUUUUCUCAUCGCCAUUGGAGCUUGCCUGGAGGAGAAUCAGGCCUACAGGCCUCCCAGAAUAGCAAUAAUAAUAAUAAUGUCCUGACAGAAACGUUGACUGAGGUUCUUACAUCUGAUCCGAGCUUUAGAUCUGUAAUAGCUGCUGCACUUACGUCGAUGGUGGGUAAUGGUAAUGGUAAUGGAGGCUCUGCAGAAGGGAAAGCAAAGACUGAGAAUAAUCUUGAACGUAUACCCGCCAUUGGUGACUUACGAGCUUUGAAAGAAUGAUCCAGAGGAUAAGUAUGGUGGUUUAAUUUAAUUUUCCAUAUAAUGCCUGUACAAAAUUCAGUUCUUGAUGAUCACAUUUCUCUUCUUUAUCUCUCUCUCUCUCUCUCUCUAUAUAUAUAUAUAUAUAUGUAUAUAUGUAACAUGUCAAAUAUUUGUUCCAGGGUUUGAUAUAUAAUAUAUAUAUAGCUCUGGAAUCAAUAUUUGGCUUGUAAGAUGAAAUAAAAAUAAGUUGCAGGAUGUUUAUG